AUGCCGAACGACGAAGAAAAAGGGGGCCGAGAAGGCACGGAGGUAAAUGCGAGCGAUUUUCAAAGCGUUAAACUACCUACAUUUUGGCGUGAAGACCCUCGAUUAUGGUUCGCGAUGCUAGAGCGAGAAUUUGCGGCUUAUAUUAUUCGGUCAGAUGCUGUUAAGUGUACGGCAGUAAUCCGUCACUUAGACAAUACGAUAAUAACAACUGUGGCCGAUAUAAUUUCCUCGCCGGAUACAGAGGAUUCGUACAAAAAAAUCAAGGAAGCAUUAAUAAGCAGAAUAGCGUCAUCGAAGGAGACGCAACUGCGACAAUUAUUAACAGGCGUAGAAUUAGAUGAUCGGAAACCCUCCGAUUUGCUAAGAGAAAUGACGUUAUUAGCUGGGACGCGAGUGACUGCGGGCGUUCUACAAACAUUAUGGCUGCAGAGACCUCCAAAGCGAAUACAGGAAAUACUAGCCGUAGUGGAAGACACAGAAUUAGAAAAACUGGCAUUACUAGGAUCGAUCGAUAGAACGAUCCGCUCAUGCUGA